CCGCAGCCCUCUCUCUUUAGGUUUUGUGUUGAAAGCCGAAGCAAAAACUCAAAGCCUCUCUCAGCCUCUCUCUCUGUUUCUCUCCGCGUUUGAGAUCUAAAUCCUUGCGUCGCUGUUUGCUGUUUAGAAAAAUGUCAGAAGAGCUGGAGUAUCGAUGCUUUAUUGGUGGCCUCGCAUGGUCAACAUCUGAUAGAAGUCUAAAAGAUGCAUUUGACAAGUUUGGAAAGCUUGUUGAAGCCAAGGUAGUUGUUGAUAAGUUUUCUGGACGCUCCCGUGGAUUUGGGUUUGUCACUUUUGAUGAUAAAAAAGCAAUGGAAGAGGCAAUUGAAGAAAUGAAUGGAAUGGAUUUGGAUGGACGAACUAUUACUGUUGAUAAAGCUCAGCCUCACCAAGGUUCAGGUAGAGAUUAUGACGGUGACCGCGGUCGUGACCGUGGUCGUGACCGUGACCGUGGUCGUGAUUAUGGAGGUGGACGUGGAUCAGGUGGAGGAGGAGAUUGCUUUAAGUGUGGAAAGCCAGGACAUUUUGCUAGGGAGUGCCCAAGUGAAGGUUCAAGGGGAGGCGGCAGGUAUGGUAGCAGGGAUGAUAAGUAUGGUGGUGGAGGUGGCGGUGGGGGUGGUGGCAGUGGUCGUUAUGGUGGCGGUGGGGGUGGACCUGAUCGAAAUGGAGACCGAUAUAGUGGGCGCAGCAGGGAUUCUGGUGGUCGUUCAAGUUCUGGAAGUGAUCGAUUCAGUCGUGACCGCUCAGGGCCAUAUGAACGUCGGGCGACAGGAGGAGGUUUCCGUUCUGGAUAGGACAAUUGCUUCGGAUAGUGCCUAGGAACCCGAGGAGCUGCUCGGCUGACUAUCACUGUCUGCAAUGCAUCGAAGUUUCCUCUUGCUGGAUGUGUUCUUGUGAUGAUUGUCUGGGUGGAUUAAUUUAGUUGGACCAGUAUUUUGAAGUGCGAAUCUUGCAUAGAUAUUCACCUGUUUUUUGUUGCUAAACGAUCAACCGAAUGUUUUGAUCCGAUGGAAUUUUAUGCUUGCUUGAAAAUGAUAUUUCAAUUUGGCCUUAUACUCUGUGAAUUCCAUUA